UCAACGAGAUCUUGCAGAAUCACCAACGAUGAUCCUCUUCAUCAUCAUCCUUCUCCAAUGUCUCUCCUCUUUCACAACCGCUCAACAGCCUUAUGUCGGACUAUCAAACACCGACUGUUCCGUCAUAGAUAACUCAACCUCUGUCUUCGGCUACUCCUGCAACGGCCUCAACAGAACCUGCCUCACUUACGCCAUUUUCCGGUCAACUCCUCGUUUCUCCACCGUCUCCUCCAUCUCUUCCCUCUUCUCCGUCAACGCCUCUCUCCUCUCUUCCCUCAACAACGCGGCAACAACAACCUUCCCCACCGAUCAACAAAUCAUCAUCCCUAUAACUUGCUCUUGCUCCCGCAGCUACUCCCAAUCCAAUCUCACCUACACGAUCCGACAAGGCGACUCGUACUUCGCCAUAGCGAACGACACUCUCCAGGGUCUUUCGACAUGCCAAGCUCUGGAGAGACAGAACAAUGCUUCGUCUCAGUCUCUGUUUCCCGGUAUGAGGAUCCUCGUUCCUAUCCGUUGCGCGUGUCCCACGGCUAAACAAGUCGAUGAAGACGGCGUCAAGUAUCUCGUGAGCUACACCGUGGUGUUCGGAGACUCGGUGGAUGUCAUCAGCCAGAGAUUCGGCGUCGAGACGAGUAAGACUUUGGAAGCUAACCAAAUGUCUUUUGACGAUGCUGAAAUUUUCCCUUUCACCACUGUUCUGGUUCCGUUACAGAACCCUCCUUCAGAUCUCAACUCCAUGACUCCUCCUCCUCCACCUCCACCUCCACCUCCACCUCCGUCAGUUUCUCCUCCCCCGAGUGGUAAGAAACAGACUAGAACAUGGGUUUAUGUUCUUGUCGGAAUCCUAGGAGGAGCUUUGGUUUUGAGUUUGAUUGGUGCAGUAAUGUUUUGUCUGAUUAAAAAUAAAUCAAGAAAGAAAGAAAAACCAGAAUAUAUAGAUAGCUUCACGGCCAAGAAAUCAUCAAUCUCCUAUCAAGAAUCUAAUAUCGAUCCGCUAGAUGGUUUAUCAGGCAUGGUGGUUGACACCUUGAAGGUCUACAAGUUCCACGAGCUGCAAUCCGCAACGAGCGACUUCACAUCUUCCAGCUCGCUCGGAGGGUCAGGGUACAUCGGUAAUAUCAACGGCGACGGUGCGAUGAUCAAGAAAAUGGAAGGAAACGCAUCGGAGGAGAUCAACUUACUGUCGAAACUAAACCAUUUCAACAUCAUCCGUCUCUCCGGCUUCUGUUUACACGAAGGAGACUGGUACUUAGUCUACGAACACGCUUCUAACGGGAGCCUAAGUGAUUGGAUCUACGCGAAGAAGUCUCUCUUGAGCUUGACUCAGAGACUGCAAAUCGCUUUGGAUAUAGCGACGGGGCUUAACUAUCUACACAACUUCGCGGACCCUCCUUACGUCCACAGGGAUUUAACCAGCGGGAGCAUCUUUCUUGACUUCGAGUUUCGAGGAAAGAUUGGUAACUUAGGUUUAGCUAGGUCGACGGAGAGAGAUGGGGAUUACGUGUUGACCAAGCAUGUGGAAGGGACGAGAGGGUAUUUAGCUCCUGAGUAUAUGGAACAUGGGUUGGUCUCGACUAAGCUUGAUGUUUAUGCUUUUGGUGUUGUGGUCUUGGAGAUUGUUACCGGUAAAGAAGCUUCUGAGUUGAAGAAAGAGAUCGAUGAAGGUAAGGAUUUGGAGGCGUUUUUGGUUAGUGGAAGCUUCUUGCCUGAAGGGCUAGUGGGUUUUGUGGUGAGGUUAGUGAUGGAUUGUUUGAAGAGAUAUCAUUUGAAUCGUCCAUCAAUGGAUGAGAUUGUUCUGUCUUUGUCCAAGAUCUUGACGGCUUCGAAAAGCUGGGAAUCGUCUUACUAAGUUUAAGGCCCAAUGGCCAAUAUGUUUGUAGCCUUUUUAGGCUGCAUGUUAACCAAAAGGAUUUUCUUUUUGUUUGUUUUUAGAAGCUUAUGAUCUUGUGUUGGAUUUGUGGUCAGGAAAAUGUUGACUGGUUUUAAGUAUGAAUGGGCUACACUUUGGGUUAAUGAAUUUUGUAAAUAUCAGAUUUUUUAAUAGUCUUAGAAAAGGCUGUAAAUUCAAAAAUUAUUAGAAAA